UUAGCAGCAGCAGCAGACACCGCCACAAAGCAAUAAACUGCAACCAAAAUCCUUAUCUUUAUCAGAAACCCUUGCUUCUUGUCACCAUGGACUCUGUGAUACUCUACCUUAUCUUGCCCUUUUUCACCUUAUUGAUUGUGGUACUGAAACUAGGAAGGAAUCUCAAGAAAACUGGGUCAUCUCCAAAUAUACCCCCAGGACCAUGGAAACUACCCAUCAUAGGAAACAUACUCCAUCUUGUUACAUCUACACCACCACACCGUAAAUUAAGAGACUUGGCCAAAAUAUAUGGACCCUUGAUGCAUCUGCAACUAGGAGAGGUCUUCGCAAUCAUUGUUUCCUCACCAGAAUAUGCCAAGGAGAUAAUGAAAACCCAUGAUGUCAUCUUUGCAUCUAGGCCUAAAAUUCUAGCUUCAGAAAUAUUGUCCUAUGAAUCCACAAGUAUUACUUUUUCACCUUAUGGGUAUUAUUGGAGACAGUUACGAAAAAUAUGCACGGUAGAGCUUUUCACCCAAAAGCGUGUAAACUCAUUCCGAACAAUAAGAGAAGAAGAGCUCACCAAUUUGGUUAAAGUGGUUAGUGCACAUGAAGGGUCGACCAUCAACCUCACUGAAGCAGUACUUUCGUCAGUAUAUAAUAUCAUUUCAAGAGCUGCAUUUGGCACAGAAUGCAAAGACAGAGAUGAAUUCAUAUUACUGUUAAAAGAAGCACAAGUAGCAGUAGCAGGGUUUAGCAUAGGUGAUUUGUUUCCUUCUGCUAAAUGGCUUCAACUUAUUACUGGUCUGAGGCCUAAGCUUGAAAGGCUGCAUCGGAAAAUGGAUCGGAUACUAGGAGACAUCAUCCGUGAACAUAAAGAGGCAAAGUCAAAGGGCACCAAAGAAGGCAAUGGUGAAGUAGAAGAAGAUUUGGUUGAUGUACUCCUAAAAUUCGAGGAUUGUAAUGAUAGUAACCAGGACAUUUGUUUAACUGUUAGUAAUAUCAAGGCUAUAAUCCUGGACAUCUUUGCUGCUGGAGGUGAGACAGCAGCAACUACCAUAAAUUGGGCAAUGGCGGAGAUGAUAAGGGAUCCAACAAUAAUGGAGAAAGCACAAGUUGAGGUUAGAGAGGUAUUUGGCUUGAAAGAAAGGGUUGAUGAAAUUUGCAUCAAUGAACUCAAAUAUUUGAAAUCAGUUGUCAUGGAGACACUAAGGUUACACCCCCCAGCUCCUCUUUUACUUCCAAGAGAAUGUGGAGAAUCAAGUGAGAUUCAUGGAUAUCAUAUACCAGUUAAAAGCAAGGUAAUUGUGAAUGCUUGGGCAAUAGCAAGAGAUCCAAACUAUUGGACAGAAGCAGAGAGAUUUUAUCCAGAGAGAUUCAUUGAUAGCUCUAUUGACUACAAAGGGAAUAAUUUUGAGUACAUUCCAUUUGGUGCUGGAAGAAGAAUAUGCCCUGGAAGCAACUUUGGUUUAAUAAAUGUUGAGUUGGCCCUUGCAUAUUUGUUGUAUCACUUUGAUUGGAAGCUUCCAAAUGGAAUGAAAAGUAAGGAAUUGGACAUGACCGAGGAAUUCGGAGUUACUGUUAGUAGAAGAGAUGACCUAUAUUUGAUGCCUGCCACUUCUCGUCCUUUCCAGAAAUCACUGUGGAGCACUGAGAGUGAGACCAACCAGAAAGAAACGUGCACUGCAGAAGGAAAAUGAAUAUUUUAGUCAGGGUUGAUGGAAGUUUGUGUUGGCCUGAAUGACUCUUCUUUUUCCUGAGUACUCUUUGUUACUAGUUUAUGGAUUAUGGUUCCUGAUACUCACCCUAGAAAAAUAAAAAAACUGCAUCGUUCCGUGUGUUUCUACGUGAGUUUCUCUAAUUUACCUUCUACUGCUGCCAUUACAAACUGAUAAUGAAAAAAAAUUGAUAAUUUGUUGGAACUAUUCAAAUAAUUUUGUGUGAACCCAUCUUAAAAAUUUCUCCUUCAAAAUUCUUCUGAUGGAAAUCCAAUCCAUCAUUUGCUUCA